GUUCUUUGAAGCCGGACACAUUUAGUUUAGAUCCCUUUAACCAAAAUUAUAUUUUACCCUGACACCCAAAAAAAAACAGUUGGUAUAGAAAACAAACGAACAAGAAACUGAUUUUAAAUAUUAAGCUUGCAAGAGAUGUCUAAGAAGAAGACAAAGAGGAACAUGAGUUACAAGAGUCACUGGCCAUAACUGAUGAUAUUAUUCAUGUUAGAAACAAACAGAUCAGAUUAGUGACCCAUGUUCUUCUCACAUGUUCCCACAUCGUUUACCCGAGAAUUCCUCUGUUCUUGCGCUUCUCUGCAAUAUAUAUAUAGAAACCCUCAAGAACCCUAUAAUAGAGCAUCUCAAUCCAAUUUAGAGUUCUGAAAAAGAAAACUAAAAUUCAUGGAAAGUUUAGAUUCCGUCUUCAUGUCUGCUCAAACUACACACCAACCAGUCCGAUCUGUGAGUCUUCCUUCAAGAAUCCAUCCACUCUCUGUUAAACUCAGAGCAGCCUUGAACCGGCUCAGCAUCUGGCGGAGGUCUUCUUCCUCAAUCUCGGUUUCCGCUUCUUUUGGGUACGAGACUCUUCUCGUUGGACUCGUGAACCUAACGGAGUUCUACGGUUGCGUGCAUGAGCUACUUGAGUCCUCUUACGUGAAACACACUCUUCUUCAUCACCAGGAAGGAAAACUUCUAGCAGAUUCUUUAGAUGGAUCUGUUGUGUUGCUCGACGUGUGUGAGGCCACAAGGGAGGUGAUUGUCGUGAUGAGAGAACACGUGGCGAAUCUCAAAUCUGCCGUUCGUAGGAAAGGUGGCGUUGUAGAGAAGGAAGUUAAAGCAUACGUUAACUUCCGUAAGAAGGCAAAGAAACAAAUCUCUAAACACAUCAAUGCACUUAAGAAAAUGGAAUCCAAAGGUAUUCCAACCAACAUAGAUCAAGAUUCAGCGAUACCACCCACGAGUGUUCUGAGAGAGACAAUCGAAAUCACUGUCUCGAUUUUCAGACAUCUUUUGUUGUUCUUAUCAGCAAUACCGCCACCACCAUCGCCGGCAAAAAAAAUCAAGUCUACCAUCGGAUUUUUGUCGAUUCCUUUUGUAUCUUCAUCAUUGUCAGAUAAAUCUAUGGAUCUGAUAAAGGAAAUGAAGAGUCUUGAUGAUGUCUUUCUAGGAAGAAACUUUGUCGAAGUCGAGACAAUGCAGAACGAGAAGAUGAGGAGAGAUGUUGUUGAAGAUGGUUUUCGUGAUCUGGAGGCAGAACUGGACUCUGUUUCCAAGUGUUUAGUUAAGAACAGGGUUUUGUUCCUUAACAUCCUCAGUAACUGUUGAGACUAAGCUUUUUUUGUCAACAGAUGUACAACUUUUUCCUCAAAUUGUCGUUAAAUAAAGACUACUCUUAAAUAAAAGUGAAAAGUAAGAACAAGGAAACCAGAAUCUCAAGGGUAAUAGACAAGAAAUUCGAUUUGUCUCUGUGUACAAUGAGGUUCUCAAGCUAAAAAGUCUCUGUCUGUCUUGAGUAACACAACUGAUUCACUUUUAACCAACCAAGUUGGGAUACUAAAUCUGAGAAUUGAGUUCCACGGGAGAAGAUAUAGGUAG